AAGAAGCCAGCACAUAGAAAAAUGGAAGGUGCCCUGUCGUUUAUCGAAGUUGAUCCCGCCUGUUUGAUUCUCAUUGUGCUAGGGAUUUCUCUUCUGGAUUUUAUCGUCAACAAUUGUUUGAAGCCAACGAAAGAUGACUGCAAUCAGUUUAGUUGCACUGCUACCACCAAGAACCACAAUGAGUGCGAAAGUGAAACUCCUUUGGCCAGACAUUUUGGAUUGAGACCCCUGCAACUGCGACAACGUGUAAAAUUAUUAUCUAGCGUCAAACGACGGCUGGAUGAGCAGUUUUAAGAAAAUACAAAAAACAACAUUAUA